AUGAAACGACAUAGUCGUCCUUCCGUCCCUGCAUUCAUCGGCGCGCUAAUCGUGUUCAGCAUGCUGGCGGGCUUAGCACUGAAGAUGCUGAGAAUCACUUCAUAUCCAGUUCUAUUUGCGCACACAACCUUGGAUGACUCGCAGUCUCCCUCUAACAUCACCUCAGAACAGGGCGGGUCUCCAGAGGUCGAUCCCGAGCUCGACGCUCUCCGCCACAUAGUUUCUCAAACAAAAGGGUUUUAUGCACGCGACUACAGCCUCUGGUUAGGCUGGAAUAAUAUGCGAUACAUCAUCGAGGCAGCUGUCCUCCACGGACGUAUUCUAAACCGUACUACAAUCAUACCCUCUUACGUCUAUGCUCGUGCCUGCGAAUUCGACAAGUACGGGGAUGCAACCGGCAAAGACGAAUGGCGCCAACUCCCCAUGGAAAAACAAAUGGCCUGGAGAAUACCCGUGUCUCUCAUGUUCAACUUAACCCAUCUACGUGAGACACAUGCAGUCAUCACAGUAUCUGAUUAUCUCCGCUUGCACAACAUUUCGGUCGAUGUGGAAACCACCAGCGGACAUUGGGAUACCGAUUUAUACCACCGCGGCGUCAACAUCUUCUCUGAUAGCAAGGUGGAACCCAGCCUCUACGUUAUCAAGAAUGAGUGGUAUGACGCCGGCGUUAUUCGGGUUGAUCAGCUGCCACGAACUAUGCGAGAGAGGGGGAGAUGGAACAUCACUCAUGGACAAGUCGGGUCUUGGGCUACCACAGAGGAAACCCCUCUUUCAAAGGCGUUGCAUGAUGCAAUGACAUCCGGCACAUCGGUUCUCGAUUGGGACACUGUCCUCAUAGUUGUAGGAGAUAAUUAUGACCCGAUUGAGACCGAGUCAUCAUCUGCUGGUGGUAUCGCAAGUACAUUGGAAGAGAAUGGCUGGGAAGUGCUUUAUACUUACGGCGGCGUCUGUGGCUCAGACGCAACGAAAGAUGUCGUGGUUCCAAUCCGACAAGCAGCCCCGCGAAGCCUACUGCGUGGACUGUACGAAGACUUUGGGUUCAUAGAGCAAGAUGUACUUCUCCUCCGAGGUGAGGUCCAUUUGGGACGGAAGCCGGGUGCCCUCAAGUUCACCACCCUUGAAAGUCGAGAGAGAUACACGCAAGCAGUCCUAUAUGACUUUCGUCUCACAGACAAUGUGAUUGAGCUGGCGGAUCAGCUGUCUAACCGCAUGGUCGAGAAGGUUGGCGGACGGAUGUGGAUGGGAGCUCAUAUGCGACGGGGAGAUUUUGCGACGUUGCAAUGGACUAUGGAACCGAGUUUCGAAGCUCAUCUCGCCCGGAUCAAGCGCCAUCUACGCGACGGACGUGAUAUCCUACAUUUUGUGCAUCGCGGGCCUCUCUAUACCUACAAGAUUCCUCUUGGUCAAGCCGAUCGCACGCCUCUACUUCUAGAUCCUCCUGCAGAUCAUGACCAAUUCUACAUCGCCACUGACGAACGCGAUCCCACGAACCUCACAUACCUGCGCGAUCAAGGUGCCGUUUUAAUCUCGGACCUGUUAACGAUAGACGAUCGCCGAACCUUUGGAUGGUCCCUGAUGCUCACCGACGUCCUCAGUGUGGUUGAGCAAGCAACUCUUGCCCACGCAGCAUACUUCUAUGCUCAUGCGCACAGUUCGGUAGCCGGCGGUGUCGUAAAUCUUCGUGCUUCUCAUGGAGCAGAUCCACGAACUGCGUUGCUGGAGACCUGA